CGAUUUUCGUCCGCACAACAAGAUAACGGUGUUGUUGGAGAUCCGAUCGUAGACUGUGCUGAUAGUCACUUUGAGGUACGAUUCGAGACUAGGAACCCGUUUCGAGGCCUUGUGUUUGUGCAAGAUCGUUUAGAAGAUCCUCGCUGUCGUAGCCCUCCUGUAAUCCCUGGAGGACGACAGAAUGCUAGCCUCCGCCUGGCAUUCAAGGAUUGCGGUGUGGAACGAAGAAUAUCGGUAACUGUGGAUAGAAUCUAUAGAGUACAAUGCUUCUAUAUGGAAAUGGAAAGGCGCUUGGAGAAAGAAGUUAUCAUAAAUAUGCCACCUCCAACUAUGCACACAAAACAAGUUCCUAUGCCUGUAUGCAAGUAUGAAGUUCUUGAUGGUUCUCCUACUGGACCACCAGUGUAUUAUGCUACUGUUGGACAGAUGGAGGAUACAUUUUGCAUGAUCGUGCACUCUUGCUUUGUUGAUGAUGGAAACGGUGAACGAGUGCAACUUAUAAAUGAAAAAGGCUGUGCCCUUGAUAAGUAUCUGCUGACAAAUCUAGAAUAUCCCGGGGAUUUGAUCGCUGGGAGGGAGGCUCACGUAUACAAGUAUGCUGAUCGCGACAACAUGUAUUUUGACUGUCAAAUCACACUCAGAAUCAAGGAACCUGGAGUAGAAUAUUGCGAGGUUCCUUCCUGUCCUGAUCCACCACGUCGCCGUCGUUCACAUCAAAACUUGCUCACCUCUACGACAAACCCGGAACUAGAAGGUAAAAGGCCUAUCCACACCAAAAAGACGAUAAAGUAGUC